GUGACUGCGCAGUUGCGGGAAACUCGAACGGCGGACGGAGUGGCGCGCGGGACUUUACUGAGCGCUUUACUUUGAGACGCCGUGCAGAUCAUCAUGUACGGCCUGGAUGAAGACAUGAAGGGACCGAAGGUGGAGGAUGUCAAGUGGGGCAUUUGUGUCAUCUGGGAGAACCUGCAGUGCCCCAUAUGUUUGGAUUUGAUGAGUACUCCCGUCUCGACCAAAUGUGACCAUCAGUUUUGUAGAUUUUGCAUCCUGAAGUUGCUGGACAGUACCAAGAAGCGGGAGGCCAACUGUCCGAUUUGUAAAGCAAAGGUCACAAAAAGAAGUUUACAGGAGAGCCCUGGGUUCCAGAGACUUGUAGAGGGAUUAAAGAACAUGGUCCAGGCUUUUGAACAAGAUACUUGCAUGAGCUACUCAAAUGAAGCACCCCAUACUCUGGAGCUACUUGGUGUUCCAAAAGCAGGGUCAGAAACCCCAUUCUGUGAAGAAGCCUCCUGUAGUGAUGGGCACCGCAAAAGCAGUACUGACAACAGCCAAUCCCGAACACCUGGUGAUGCUGCAGCAUCCGCGUCAUCCUCCGUUGAAGCCAAGAAUGGCUUUGCAAGACUUAUGGGUCUUGAAGACUCAAGCACUUUCAUCUCAGAAGAGGGCUUGCCAAGCGGAGCCCAUGACAUACCCAAAACCUCAGGAGAACUUGAUAUUAGGAGCACAUGUGAUAUUUUUGUCCCUAAUACAGAUACCCUGGGCCUAAAAUUAGAAAAACCUUCCAUCGAGGGAAAAAAGUCCUGUGAAAUGGGUGUGAAAAUAGUGCUCCCUCAUGAAGAAUCUUUUCAACAUACCCAGGGCUGUGAAGAUAUGGAAAUUUGCAGUGAGGAGAAUCAAACAGAUUCAAAACGAGACAAAAUUUUAAAUAAUAGCGAGAAGAAAAGCCUGGAAAAAGUGUCCAAGUGGCUAUUAAAUAUAUCUCCAAAUGACCGAGAUAAAGGUGACCCAAACCUUGAUGGAAUUUGCCAUGAGGACUCUCAUGACUGCACAUCUAGAGGAGAAAGGUCUUCAUUCACUGCAAAGGGCAACAAAGAUGAGGUGCAAUCAAGGAAUCCUAAGCAGUUGAAUCACAGGCUGCCUUUGGAAGAAAAAGUGUUUGGAGUGACAUACAAAAGGCAUCGUAAGUCUAGUGGAGCUCAAAUCAGUAGCGCCCUUCCAAAUAUUAGAGCAGCUGUAGAGCAGCCCACAUGUGGUUCAGCUGAGAAAGUCCAAAGUAAGACUGUGAAGAAAAUGAGGAUUAAGAAGCUAACUCCUACUGACUUUAUUAAGAGACCAUAUACUGGGGUGGAGGGUCACAGCCCUGUGAAGGAUGAGUUGGAGGGUGGAAGAGAAGUGUGUGCUCUCAAGGGGCAGUCUGCUGAUGCAGGAGCAAAGACACGUAUUGAUGAGAGAAGAGAAACAGGCACAGAUGGGAGAAUUCUGAAGGAGAAGAAAUUGUUGGAAGAGGAAGGAAUUGUGAUAGAUGGUCCUGUUGGUCAAGGAACCACAAGGAAUAAUCUGCAGAAUGAAUUUCAGGAGUUCAGUGACGGUUUGAUACCAAAGCUGACAGAAACAGAAAAUGGCAAAGCAAACAAAUGCAAGCAAAAGAGGAACCGAAGUAAUAGGAGCGCAAAAAGUUGUGCUAAAAAGAAGUUAUUUAGGAAACCAAAGGCACUGGACCUGAUCUGUGGAGGGCUUAGCUCCUCGGAUUCUGCACCAAGUCCUUCUGAAAGACCUUCAUUUCAUGAAGUCCAGAUUGAGAGUUACCCCAGUAGUAACCACAGAGGAACCCCUGAUCUAAAGGGAUUCCAACAGAGCGGAAGGCUGCAGCCUUUCACAAAGAACAUUCAAGAAAGCACAAGGAAGGACCACCAAGUAGAUUCUAGAAAUACUGUUUUGCCUGAUUCCAAAAAUGGGCAGGUGCAGUGUUCAGCAGAACAUGAAGAUGCUGAAAGGACUGUUAUGAGCAGUAGUGGUGGAAAGAAAAAUGUGAUGGAAAGGCCUGUUGUGCAGAAUUGCUGUAUUGCUUUUGAGGACAUGAUAGAAAUUAUGAAAGAUGACACCAGUGUUCAUACAAAUUCUGAGGAGCAAUGUCAAAAGCAACCUGGCACUUCUGAACACGGUUCACACCUGUCUUUUGUUCCCAAUACAGAAACCCUUCACGUUUCACCUCAGCAUUCACUAAUUAGGGGUGUGGCCCCAGUGUCCCAGAUCGUGGCAGAAGACUUGCCAGAAGCCAACUUUGAAAUUCCUUUGCCUGCUGGGAAUGUAGCAAGUGAGCCAAUCCUCACUGAGACAGAAGACUGCAGGAAUGAUGGUGAACUGGACACGGAACUCUUGCUAAAGACCUUUAAAUCUACUAAGAGGAGAUCCUUUCUUAUAGGUAGUCCUAGCAGCAAGCGUUCCAACAGAAGUUCAUUUGCGGCUGACAAGUGCAACCUGGAAGAAGAGCAAAAGAAUGACGUCUGUGACAAAAAAGGUCCAGAAAAGGAACCUGAGACCCUAUAUGUGGAAGAUUCUGUGGAAUUGGUGCAACAAGGAAGAGAAACAUUGUCUUUUGGAGUGGUGAAUCAUUUAGCUUCCGAGGAGACUAAAAACAAAAAUUUGCACUACAGUCCUAAAUUGUCAUGCGUGGGUUCAACUAACCCUUCAGUUUGUGACGUAUCAGCUCAAAAGAGCUGCAGGCGCCAAAGAAGGAAAUUUAGAAACCAGCGUAGAACCACUUCCAAACCUCUGGAAACUGAGGAGCUCUCAAGUUUUGAUGCUGGGAAAAGUCAUAAUUAUCCCAGCAUACGUUCUGGUAGUUCUAGUGAGACCGAUAGAAUCAAAGAGCUGGCAAGAGCAAGAAACGGUCCGAGCUCUAGGCAUUCAGUGCCCAGUGAAGAAGUGGGUUCUGAGCUUCUGUUCCCUACAUCCACUGCCUCUGGAGAGGAGCCACAGGAUCCUGCUAACCACAUCACAGAGAAUCUGCGUUUAGGAUCAUCAGACCCAAAUCGAGGUCUGUCUGAAGCCUCUAUGUCAGCUAAUGAAGAACAUGGAGCUUACAGUGGCCAACAUCUUGGAGAGCCACCCACAUGCAGAGUAAACGACUUUCAGGAGUCCUCAAUGACUCCAGAUGGUCUUCUGCCUCCCAGUGUAGAAGGUACCUUUGGUAAGGAGAGGAGGAGGCCUCGGAGACUUGAGUCCUCUGAGUCUGAGUGCAGUGAUGAGGAAGAUCAACUUCCCUCUUUUGCUGAGAUGCUUGAACCUGGCAAAUCCCAUGUGGCAGUCGCAGACAAAGAAGUUCUCUUCAACUCAAGAAAUCUCCCACUCCUACCCCAGGGAUGUCCUGGGAAAUUUCUCUGUGGAGAGGCCGGUAGAUGCCCCAACCAUGGAGUGUCGUCGGUUUCGGAGUGCAUUCCUGCCAGUCAGAUGUCUGUUGAUCUCUUCGGCACCCCAGAAGAGUGUGAUGCUGAUCCAUGUGACACUGGUUUAUCUGGGCAGUGCUCUCAGUUUUCCUCUGAAAUUAUUGCCACUCAGCAAAAGCUGGCGAUGCAGGAGGAGCUACACCGGCUGGAGAAGAUGAUGGCUCUGGUCACAGAAGCUCUCCAUCAGAAGGGGGGCACCCCCGAACCACCCACACCGCAUUCUGCAGAGCCAGCAGACCUUUCACUGUUUACAGAAGAUUCUGAUGUCCCUACACCGGUGCCCUGUCCCGAUCAGAACACAGAGAGAUCCUCUAGACCCAAGCGCUUUCCCGCGCCUGCUCUAGUGCCUCCCCCCAGGAGAGGAGCCCCAGGCUGCAGGAAUGAUGCCAUCUCACCCUUGCCGGGCCUUGUAAUCGCGGAGGCUAUCCAGGACGAGAGCCCUCGAAGCUCAGCAGGGCGGCGCUGUAGCACAAGAGGCAGAAGCAUGAAAGGCGCUAAAGCCAUAGAGGGGACCAAAGAGACCGCAGCGGCAGUGACACUGGACAGAAGAGAGAUCACUCUCUCAAAUCCCACAACUGAAGCUCCACUGAGGGUCAUGCCACUGGCAGCAGACUUGGAGCUGGGAUCCAGCGUCUUUCCAGCACUACAAAACAGGAGCCCUGUCCCUACAGAUGUGCCAGCGCACCCACGGAGCGGACGUGGAAAGAUGAUGAUUGUGGCGUCAGGCCUGAGCACAUCAGAGCUGUCAGUGGUGAAGAAAUUUGCCAAGAAGACAGGGGGCAGCAUGUGUACGCAAAUGACCCCCGAGACCACCCAUGUCAUCAUGAGGACAGACAAGGAGCUUGUGUGUGAGCGGACGCUGAAGUACUUUUUAGGCAUUGCCGGGCGCAAGUGGGUGGUGAGCUUCCACUGGAUUGCAGAGAGCUUCAGACAAGGAAAAGUCCUGGAUGAAGCGCCGUUUGAAGUCCGAGGCGACAUGGCAACCGGGAGGAGUCACCGAGGACCCGAAAAAGCCCGUAACACCAACGAGCAGAAGCUGCUCAUGAGGGGCUUUGAGAUCUGCUUCCAAGGCUCCUUCAUGGAUAUGACCACAGAUCAGCUGGAGUGGAUGGCAGAGCUAUGUGGUGCGAAGGUGGUGAAAGAUCCGCUCCUCUUCACCUCGAGACGCAAAUCCAGUCGGCAGCUGGUGGUGGUGCAGCCUAGUCCUGAGGACACGCAGACCACCUACAGAGCUCUCCAGAAGAGGGCGACAGUGGUGUCCCGAGGGUGGCUGCUGGACAGCGUGGCCACUUACACCCUCCUCAGCCCUGAUGGCUACAAACCCUAGAGCUGCAGCCCUGCCGUUGUCCCGGACGCACUUCAUGUGCCUCCAUUUCGUCAGCACUAGUUUCCUGUGCUUUAUUUCCCUUUCAUCUUGGUCUUGCUUUUUCACCCAGGGAAAUUUGCUUGCUCAUUGUGCUUUUUUUUUCCUCUUCAUAUAUGUGUAUAGAAACAUAAAAGUACACACACGUAUAAAACCUGUGAGACCUGUUGUGUUGCGCUUAGGAUUUCCGUCCCAUUCAAGUUUAUGGUUCAUUCAUAGUUAUGUCUUCCUGAGUGAUUUGUGUGUGCGUGGGGUGGGCAGAUGGGCUGUAAGAAGAGCUGUGCUGAUUUUCUCUCUGGACCCUCCCUACGCUCUACCAGUGAAGUGGGGGUGGAGCUGAUGCCAUCUAUGGAGAACUUCUUUUCCUGUCCCCCUUUGGGGGAAUCUUCAUGUUUUCAUGUUUAACUG